GGUAGGUAUACUUGCUUGAUACACAUUACACACUCGCAAGCAGAGGGAGGGGGCUUGAACCCCCGCCUCCGGUCUUCCCGCCGAUGACAUAUAUUAAGCUGUGCCUCUCUCGUCUCUGCGUGAUUUUCAUAUUUGAACGAAGGAGGCCAUACGUUUAUUCGAACGCAGACGUUGACAGUCAGCUCUAAACGACAGCGAAGCAGUAAACCGCACAGUUUGCAGUCACAAUGGCGUGGUCAGAACCCAGGAAGACUGGCAUGCUCUACCGCAAGCUUGGGAAUUCAGGACUCCAUGUAUCAGUUCUCGGCUUGGGAGGUUGGCUCACUUUCGGAGGACAUGUUGAGAAUGAUCUCACAUUUGCAUGCAUGAAGCAGGCUUAUGACUGCGGUAUCAACUUCUUCGACACUGCCGAGGGCUACGCUGGCGGCCAGUCCGAGGUUGUUAUGGGGCAGGCCAUCAAGAAGUUUGGAUGGAAGCGUAACGACAUAGUAGUGACCACAAAGAUCAACUGGGGCGCGGCCAAUGGCGAGGUGCUGGUCAACAACCACGGCCUAUCGCGGAAGCACGUGGUCGAGGGCCUGCGUGCCUCCUUGGCCCGGCUCGAUCUCGAAUACGUCGAUAUUGUAUAUGCGCACCGACCGGACCGGCUGACACCGAUGGAGGAGACGGUGCGCGCCUUCAACCACGUCAUCGAGCGCGGCUGGGCGUUCUACUGGGGAACUAGUGAGUGGAGCGCCGACGAGAUCGCAGAGGCUUGCGGUAUCGCCCGCGAGCUACACCUCAUCCCGCCCGUCGUCGAGCAGCCUCAGUAUAACGUGCUGGAGCGGCGCCGCGUCGAGGACGAGUACCAGCGGCUGUACGAGAGGUUCGGCCUCGGCCUGACCGUCUUUAGCCCUCUCAAGCUGGGCCUGCUGAGCGGGAAGUACAAUGGUUCGCCGGACAAGCCGCCCGCGGGGUCUCGCUUCGCCGAGAGUAACGACGAUUUCAGCAACAUGGUGCGGGAGUCUUGGUAUGGCAAUGAUGAGUGGAGGUCAGCAGUCAGCAAGGUUAUCAAGCUGAAGCCAAUCGCGGACGGGCUAGGCGUGACGCAAGCGCAGAUGGCACUUGCCUGGUGUCUCAAAAAUGAGCGCGUCUCCUCUGUCAUCACGGGCGCGUCAAGGCCAGAACAGGUCUUGGAGAACGUCCAGGCCUUGAAGGUCCUUGACAAGCUUACCCCCGAAAUCAUGGCUCAAAUCGACGAAAUCGCGGGCAAGGUCGAGCUAGCACCGGCGAGGCAAGGCUGAAACCGGCUUCUACGCAUAGGUAGAUAGUGGUGCUUGGGUAUAACGGAGGAGGACUCGCCCCUAUUGAUUGGGUGGCGAUUUUGUGCUCCGAGUAUAUUAAACCAGUACGUAAUUACUGCCUAGUUGAGAAAAGCCGUCCGCCAAUUUUACCUAUAUAACCAUGCUUAUCCCUGCCAAUUUACCCUCGAGCAUUGGUCAGUGCGUUUUGGGAGGGGAUCGCA